GGUUGGCGGAAAACACUCCACUGCCCAUGCGUUACCGGAUGUUGGUUCCAUGUGGGAAAGUCUUGAUGUUUUGAAUGGCGAUCGAGUGCGAUAAUAGAAUCAUUAAAUCAUUAGAAGAUGUCUGAAGAGGCUUUUCGUCAGGUAGAUGAGAAGCAUGUGUCUAACGAGAUCUGUCACAUGGUUUGGUCUCCUCGCAUUGACCUGGUGGCACUUGCUAAUAUCCAAGGGGAGGUGAUUCUGCAUCGCCUGUCAUGGCAGAAAGUGUGGACAUUAGCGCCCCCUGGUGAGGGGGAGACAAUUGGAGGACUUGCAUGGAGACCAGAUGGCAAAGUGUUGGCAGUUGGCUACAAGUCUGGCCAGCUCAAGCUGUGUGACGUGGAGAACGCAGAAGUCCUUCACACGAUGACGGUGGAAGGGGAGGUAACUAGCAUGACCUGGAUAUCACAGGUGUUUACAGACGGAGCAGAAUGGACAGCGGAACCCUACCCCGAGGACAGCUCUGCAGAUUACCUGCCCAAAUUACAACCUCUCAACAAAAGCUAUGGGACAUUAUCUAAAGGACAACAGUUGAACUUGCUGCUUGUGGGAACAAAUCGUGAUGAGCUUCAGAUGUUUGUCUACGGCAUCUUCCAUGCAGCCGUCGUCUCCAUCAGUCUACAAGAUGGCUCACAGAAUCGGCGUGUUCACUCGGCCAUCUUAUCUCAGGACCUGCACUGUCUGUCGGUGGUUGUGGAGUCAACCCUUGAGAUGUCCGAUGAUAUCGACUACUAUCUCCUCACGUAUGAUACUACCCUCUUUGCAUCGCGACAUAAGGAACUUCGACUACUGGCCCUGAAGUAUGGACAGAUAGCCACGCUGAUGGGGUACCUCCAGACGACAAUCCAGCAGAUGUCUGAAGCAUGGGAGGACAUCCUUAUGGCCAUGGACUCAAAGCUGCUCAAAUUUGCUGAAGACAAAAAGAAAGCUCAGAGUGGGCAGAGCAGCAGCGUCAGUAACGAUUUCCUGGAACUACUUCUGUUCGGUACACCCAGUGAGGAGCUGGAGCAGUUCUUGCAGCAUGAACUAACAGAAAAGGGUUUGAAGAAACUAGGUCAUUCCAUUGAGACAUCCUAUUCCAACAUCCAGAAACUGGUUGUGAAACAUUUACAGAGUGUCAGCCAAGCCUUGGUGUACCAUCUGAGUGAGCUGCGGGGAAUGUCGUUGUGGUACGACAAGUUCGGGGUGCUGGGUCUCGACACCACAGAUCUACAGAAGGCUGUGCAGCUUGCAGGAAGCUUUGUGCUCAACACCAGUCAGCUACAGCAGGUGAUUGAUGGUAGCAUCAAGAAUUUCAAGGCAUUUUUCAGAUGGCUGUACGUUGUGAUUUUACGUCUUUCGAAUGAACAACCACCAGCAGAACUGAGCAAGAUGACACAACACGAUGUAAACUUUGUGGCUGAGUUUCUGCGGGACAACUUCACACAGUUUUCUCCAGAAGCCAACAACCUGUUUGGUGAAUCAGAUUCCGGGAAGAAGUCAGGAUUUAAACUGGAAAAGGUUGGGCAGUAUUUAAAGAAAGAAAAUCUGUCUUCUCCACCUGACACAUCAAACAACCCCUGGCAACAGUACCUCAAUGCCAGUACAUUCCAUACAGACAGCCCUGUGCUGUACCCAGUAGAUAGCAACCACUCUCUUGUACAGCUCCAAGAGCAGCUGGUUGAGCUGAUGACCACAACAGUGUUCCAUAAACCAGCGGUUGUGAUAGGCCAGUCCCUCCACUGUAUGUGCACCAACCAUCUCUUCACACUCACAAGACCUGAAGAUUCCACUCCUAGGAAGCCGGUCUUCUGUCAGUUCACAGAUGUCGAGAGACAAAGGUGCUACACGGUCUUCACAGCAGACUUCCUUCCAUGUGACAAGUUCCUUGUGCUCCAGCAACCCACAGACCCCAACAGGACUGACACAGACAGCGGCAUCCUGGCCGUAUCCAUUGGAACACUGGCAUCCUCCAACCCCAACAGCAGUGCCACAUCUGACUCAGAAAGAUGCAGCCAACACUCUGUGCUGGACAUCGCCUACUACGACCCAACUUCGCUGUCCUUGCUGCUGCAGGAGGAGGGGGAAGAUGGCCGCCCGGUGCUGCUGCAACUCUCCAUGUCCAUCCUUAACUCCAGCAAGUUCACCAAGCUGGCCACCACGGAGAACAUUGCUUCUCUAAAUCACAUCAAUGAGCUGGAUAUUGGCAAUCUGGUCAGUGAGCACUCCUACCGCCAUCUAGAGAAUAUGAAGGCUCACUCUUUCGCUGUCAGCGGAACCCGGAAGACGGCCACUGUGCUGUUUUCCUCCAAACGUCGUGUGAGGAUCUUCCUCAUGGAUGCAGAGGAGGAAGAAGAUGAAGACGAUGAGGAAGAUAUCACCCAUGGGGAAGGGGAAAUUGACAAGUCCCAAACUGAGAGUCAAUCGGAGCCAAGGGCAGAGGACAGCCAGGUGAUGGAGGAUGUCGGUGGGGACGAAGACAAGGAGAACACGUCUAGCAUCUACUCAGAGGACUCCUGAAGGUCAAGGUCAUCCACCAUAGGUGUUGUGAGGAAGCUUGUACACAGAUUGAGCAAUAUUACAGCAAUCUCACAGUAGGGAAAACAAAGAAUUCGCAGCAAACAAUUCAAACCCUGGUUUAGGCAUGAAAAUUACACCCUUUAACCACAAGGCUACACCCUUCUACAGCGCUG